UGUUCGAGGAACCUUUAAGUCCAGACGUUUCGCCACUUAAGAAAGAAUGCAAUUUGAAAAAAAUUCACCGCGGGAAAAGAUUUUCAAUUGAAUGGAAGAAGCUGUGUAUGCAAUUCGAUGGUUUCGGAACACUGAAUACACACAACGAACGUUUUAUUACGAUGAAACGAAAUUAAAUAAGGAGACACCGUAAUGAGGCAACAGAUACUGGUCCCUCAUCGGAUAUUUACUGGAUUAUACAAUAUCUGAAGUUAUUCCAUAAAGGGAAUUAUCAACAUAGUAUUCAGUCAGUUCUUCAACGCAAAAGUGACGUCUAUAAUUGUAAGAAGAAACGAUGAUAUUAAUGCUUUCACGACGAUUUGUAUCAGACAAGAGGAUAUCCUUUGACAAAAGUGUGUCCGCGAUGCUCUCGUCGGAGAAUCGUCGAAUUUACUCCGAUAAAGGGAGUUCCCAACUAUCAUAUCGCUAUAUAUAAUGUUCUCACGGGGUUGCGCGCAUGCACCAUCAGCUGAAAAGAGAGGGGCGGAAGCCACGCACGCAACACGUAAGUAAGUGUGCUCGCGAAUCCUGUCGCGAAUCGAUCGUGUUUGAGCUUCGCUCUCUCGCGCCCCGAGCGAGACCACAUUGCGAUAGUGCGUAAUAACUCGGAUAAAGAGAGGGUUUCGUUCAACAGAAGGGCAAUAAAUAAGGCGAACAAAGCGUCAUCAGGAUGAGCAAGCGAUUAGAGACCGUGGCCAUGAUGACCUGCAUGAAGACUCUGCUGAUGCUUUUUAAUUUCACCCUCUGGGCGUCCGGGAUAUUGAUGCUGUUCAUCGGCAUAUGGAUGCGUAUCCAGCUGGGGGAUUACAUGAACAUGAACUCGCAGGUCAGCGGAGCGGCCUUGUUAGCGAUUGCGUGCCUAGGUGCGAUGUUAGCUGUAGCGUCGGUCCUCGCCUGUUGCUGCACCGUACGAGGUCAUCCCGCCCUACUACACCUGUAUGGAGCGUUCCUAGCUGUCGUUGCAUUACUGGAACUUGGCGCGGGUGCGUCGUUUUAUGCUAGUCGUAAAAGCUUGAAUGAAGGAUUCGACCAAGGCCUAAACGAGAGCAUGGCAGCCUAUGAACCAGAUAAUUCCAUCGGCCGUCAUAUCGAUAUUAUGCAAUCAACUUUGCAUUGCUGCGGUAAUCGUGGAUACGCCGAUUGGCGCAACUUGAAUCCACCGAAGGAAAUUCCCUCGUCCUGUUGCAAACUGUCCGAUGAGUGUGAACCGAAUGAUCGCGUAGACCAAAUCUAUACCGAUGGAUGCUACAUUCGCGUAUUGGAUUGCUUAAACAGCAGCAUCGGUUUAGUGGCCGGCAUCGCGAUCGCCGUAGCUUUCUUCCCACUGGUGGGCAUCUUCCUAGCGUGCGGCUUAGCUAGCAACAUCAAUAAGGCCGAGUACGAGCAGGUCGCUUAGGCACGGUAUUCGCGCAAGCAGCAACGACAGUUCUAUCAGAAAACAAAAAACCUCGCGUCGCUAGCAAUGACGUACGAACGUACAUGAUUUCAACAUGGGAGCACGAAAAUGGAUUUUGAUUAAUGAGGCAAGCGCACACUUUGCCAUCCCUCUUUCGAGAUUUUAAUCGGAGACUUCGCUGCAAAAAUUUGAAAUAAACAACACAGUGGUAUGCAUAUUUAUGAAAUCUCUAACAAAUUAUGAAAUUGAAUAUUUAAAAAAAAGAAAGAAUCUCCAGCAUGGUUUACAUAAUGCGUUUUUUAUUAGCUUACUAAUAUAUAUAUAUAUAUAUAUAUAUAUAUAUAUAUAUAUAUAUAUAUAUAUGCUAAUUUUCUAGUAUUAUGUAAACUAUGCUAUAUAUAAUACCAAAUUAUAAAGUUAUAUUAUCUUUCUCUCUCUCUUUCUCUCUCUUGAUGAAUUCUUCAGUUCUUAUUUAAGUCCGAUUUGACGAUGUCGAAAUUUGUGCUCGUGUUCCAGAGCUAUUCCAAUCAAAAUUCAUUAUUGAUUAGUUAUUCUCAUUAUUAUCUCUACGAAAAAUAUCUUCAAAUAUAUGUAUUUCAUCAUUAAUAAUUAAAAUUUAUAUAUUUAUGUGUGUGUAUGUAUAUAUAUAUACAUACACAUAAAUCUUGCAUGGACUGAUAUCUUAAAGUCUUUUAAAGAUUCUAUCAAGUUUCGACAAGCAGAUAAAGAAAAACAAGGAAGCAGAAAGUAUUAGACUAGGACAAAAAGUUCCAUACGUAUUUAUAAAUUUUAUUUCAAAAUCGAUAGAUUAUUAUAAUAAAAAUUGUAUACCAUAUGAUUGUGUACUGUCCUGCCAUCAAAUAUUUGACUAUUCUACUAUUCAUAUAUCGUCCUUGUUUCCUUGAAUAAUUCUUGUCGAAGAUUUGAGAUUUGCAUAAUACUUACUCUGUCUCUCUAAAUACCAUAAGAGAGUUUUUCGUAUGUAAAAUACAAGAAGUUAAUACCUUGUAUGGGAAAUAUACCAUCUACUUAUUAUAGAAAUAUAUAAAUAUAUUCAUAUGUAUAGAGAACGAGACACUUGACUCGAUUAUUUCAGUCAACUUUUUUAUUUGACGCAUGUUAAAAAGAAAUCAGAAACUCCAAGAUUUUGAAGAAAUCAUUUUGUUACAAGUGUUUUAUACAGGGUGUUUCAGAAAUAGGUGGCCAAACUUUAAGAGCAUUUCUAUUCACCCUGUAUAAUCAGACACUACAUUAUUUGAUAAUCGUACAACAGUACUUUGCCUAAUAUUAACAAAGAUGUGAAAUAAAAAGUUAAACUAGUAUGAACGCAAGGCGUUAAGUGCCUCCAACUCUUUACAUGAUAAAAUAUAUUAUAAAAAAAAUGAGAAUACAUUAUAUACAUAUUAUAUCGUGCUAUAAAAUUUAACGUGAAAGGAAAAAAAACGCAGAGUUCUAAUGUAAGCCUUAUUUACAAAAUGUUCUCGAACUGUUCAAAUACUUCCACGUGAUAUCGAUGAAGCUGUGUAAUCUCGUUUGCUGAAUCGAUAUCUGAUUGUUUACGUCAAUCUAUAGCUUUUAUGUACGUUUACUGUAUAUCGCGGAAUGCGUACACUUUGUACAAGUUCUGAUAAGCCUUAAAUAAAGGUCAAUGAAAUAUCA